CCGGGGAAAGUCCGGGCAGAGCCCGAGCGGCGGCCAGAUAGGCAAAGGCUUGAAGAGCUGCACAUCCCACUAGAGACCUGUCCCUGCUCCCCGCCGCCACCGCUCCCGGAGCCACGACAUGAACCACACGAAAGGAACUGACAUGCUCCCAGAGAUCGCCGCCGCCGUGGGCUUCCUCUCCAGCCUCCUGAGAACUCGGGGCUGUGUGAGCGAGCAGAGACUUAAGGUUUUCAGCGGGGCGCUCCAGGAAGCACUAACAGAGCAUUACAAACACCACUGGUUUCCUGAAAAGCCAUCCAAAGGGUCUGGCUACCGCUGCAUCCGCAUCAACCACAAGAUGGAUCCCAUCAUCAGCAAGGUGGCCAGCCAGAUCGGACUCAGCCAGCCCCAGCUGCACCGGCUGCUGCCCAGCGAGCUGACCCUGUGGGUGGACCCCUAUGAGGUGUCCUACCGCAUUGGGGAGGAUGGCUCCAUCUGUGUCUUGUAUGAGGAGACCCCAGUGGCUGCCUCCUAUGGGCUCCUCACCUGCAAGAACCAAAUGCUGCUGGGCCGGAGCAGCCCCUCAAAGAACUACGUGAUGGCAGUCUCCAGUUAGAGCUCCUGCUGCCCCCACCCUGGCUCUCUACUGUACUCAUCCUGCUGUGACAACAGACCACCACAUACCUCAACCUGGGGAACUAUUUUUAAAUGAAGAGCUAUUUAUAUAUAUAUUAUUAUUUUUUAAGAAAAGAGGAGGAAAAAAAACCAAAAGAUUUUUUUUUUAAGAAAAACAUCCUUAAAGGGAGCUGUUUGGAAGUGGCCUCCCCAGGUGCCUUUGGAGAGGACUGUUGUGCGCUUGAGUCUGUGAGCUGGUGUCUGCCUAUGGGGGGCGGGGGGGGGGGGGCAGAGAGGGGUAGGCCUAGCCAAGGUGAGGUGAGAAGCUUGGCUGGCACCCCAGGAAGAUGUGAGAGGGAGCAAGCUAGGUUAGCAACUGUGAAUGAGAGAGGUCAGCUCUGCCCUGGGGGGAGAAGAGAGACUGAGUUUAAACCCCUCUUUCUCCCUACUUAGGACACCUGGCAUCCCUGGUUCCUCUCUUACUCAGGGGCAUUCAAUCCUGGACUUAAAUAAUACUUUGUUACCUAAUCUUCUCUUUUAUUUUUCUAAUAAGAUCCAGGUCAGAGAGUGACAAGACCUCUCCUAAUUCCUUCUGUCCUAAGCAGCUUUUCCUGAAAUCAUGACAUGUUUCUAAUGCUACCCUCUGGGGCCUGUAGGUGUUGCUUCCCAGCCAGGAAUCUAAGCUGUUUUUUUUUUUUUUUUUUUUGAAGGGGGUGAUGUAAGGAAGGGGUUGGAGGUUAUUGGGGUGGGAACUGAAGGAAAUCACAAAAAAACUUUGCUUUGCUAUGUGCUGCUUUGCGUGUAUGUGUGGCAAAUAAUUUGGGGGUGAUUUGCAAUGGAAUUUUGGGACCCAAAGAGUAUCCACUGGGGAUGUUUUUUGGCCAAAACUCUUCUUUUUGGAACCAUGUGAAAGUCUCUAUGCUGCUGCAUUAUCCCUUUGAAAGGUGGCUCAAAAGCUACGGGGAACUCCAGGUCCUUUAUUACUGCCUUCUUUUCAAAAGCACAACACUCCCCUCUAAUCUCCUCUCCUUUUCCCAUCUGAUUGGGUCAUGAAGCUAUUUUCUAGGUAGUUCUCAGUCACUGUGCAAUAUGCCCCCUGGAUUCCAUGGGGGUCUGGAGGAGAACUGACUCCCAGAACCUCCUGGUGUCCUGGUGGGCUUAGGGAACCAUCUCUCCUGCUCUCCUGGGGAUUAUGGCUGGCUGAUUGGCCUUGCAGGUAUUCCUUGACUGAAUGGGAGAGUGAUUGGCCUUGCAGGUAUUCCUUGACUGAAUGGGAGAGUGAAUGCCCCAAGUUCUGUAAGACUACUUGGUAUUCUUAUAGGGCUGACACUAAAAGCCAAACUUUGGGUGCUGUUUUUUUCUCCUUGGUGCUCAGAGCACCAGUGGGAGAGGUUGCUGUUUCUAUACAAUCCAAAUUUGUCUGUAGACUUGUGCAAUAUUUACUAUUGUGGGUUGGAGAAAAAUGGAAGCCUACACUGGGAAGAAAACCGCUUCCUUCAGUUCUUCAGUGACAUUGGUAGUGGUCCUCAGAAGGCCUCAAGUUUCCCAAACUGAAUCACCUUAAGAAGGACAGAGCUAGAGCAUCUGGUCAACCUGGCCUCCCUCCUGCUGUUGCCCCUUAAUGAGGAGUCUUUCCCCUCACCCACUUCCUCUGCACCCAAGUUCCCCUUCCCACAGCCAGUACCCUUUCUAUAAUUUCUUAAUUACUCAAUUUUGAUUCAAAGGUGCUAUUUACCAAACACUCUCCUUACCUAUUCCCCGCCCCCCCUUUUCUGCCUCCUUUUCAACUUUCCAGAUUUCAUGCUGACUUCCCAGACCCUGCUCCCAGCCUUUACAAUUAACGAUUAAGAUUAAUGUUGGGGCGGCGCCUGUGGCUCAACGGGUAGGGUGCUGGUCCCAUAUGCCGGAGGUGGCGGGUUCAAGCCCAGCCCCGGCCAAAAAUAAAAAAAAUAAAUAAAUAAAAAAAAAAAAGAUUAAUGUUGGGCCCACAGACCCAAGAGCUAAUGUUCUGGCCUGUGAGUUGAAACAAAGCUGUGAAUCACUGCAGGCUGUGUUCUUGCAUCUGGUCUGCAAACAGGUCCCUGCAUUUUUAGAAGUAGCGUCAUGGUCUCAUGCUUAAUCUUUUCUCUCUUCUCUUUUUGAUGUUCACUUUAAAAACAACUCCCGACCCCCAGAGCUGGACUGUUGAGCAGGCCUGUCUCUCCUAUUAAGUAAAAAUAAAUAAUAGUACGUUUGUAAGCUAUUCUGACAGAAAAGGAAAAGGUUACUAAUUGUAUAAUAGCGUUUUUAUAUGGAAGAAUGUACAGCUUAUGGACAAAUGUAUACCUUUUUUUGUUACUUUAAUAAAAAUGUAGCAG